UCUGCAAAUUAUAUGGCAUCUAUGAUAGCAAACUCUUUUUCAAGUUGUUAUUAUUGUUGAAAAAUAAACAGAAAUCUGAAUAUUAUAAUUAAAUAAUAAUAGUAAUUCAAAAUAAAAAUAGCAAUUCAACAUUUUCAAAAUGACAACUCUUCAACAUUCGUCAACCAAUCAAAAUAAUAAAAAAUCUAUUAGAAAAUGUACACUAGCAAGUAAAAGUUAUUGCAACUUGAAUAGAAAAUGUGGAGAAAUAACAUUCUACACUCAAAUGGACAAAAGAGUGUAUACUCUAAAUUGUUUGUAUUGUCCUCAAAUUUGUUUACAAUUGGACAUAUUCAUCAAUCAUAUGGAAAAGGAACAUGAUGAAGACUUAAUAAAUGCCCUACAAAUGAAUAAGGAUGAAAAUGAAUUACAAAUGUACAACAUGCAGAAUGACAAUUCUGAGGAUUUACAAGAAAAUGAAACCACAACUUUUAGUAAAGAGCCCGAUGAAUCUAAUCAAGUUUCAAUUAAUGAUCCUUUGGAAGAUGAUAAUUCAACAAGUGCAUUGUCUUUAGAAUGUUCUAUCAAGAAUGAGAAAAUAGAUUACGACACACCAAUUCAAACUAUAGUUGAUGAUAAUAUGGAUAAUUCGAUAUGUAAAACUGAAAUACAUAUAGAUGAUGAAGAGUUAUCGAAUAUGACGGGAGACUCUAAUAUAAAUUGCACUAACAUAUUACAAAACUCAGACAAUUUAACUCCAAUACAUACAGUAAUUAAUAAUUCGCUUUCCGAGGAUGCAAAUGUAACGCAUGUACAGAAAGAAGCACUUGAAGAUGUGGUAGCAAAAUUUUCAAAAACAAUUGAACCCAUGUUCAUGAGACUUACAAAAGAGGUGGCUUCAUUGCGCCAAGAGGUAAUUUGCUUAAGGGACGAACUAAAGAAGGGGAAAUCUUCAACUAAGUUAGUGAUGCCUGAUCAUCCUUUUAAAGUAAUGGACGAUUUUUUAAAUUUUGAAAAACAAUUACAAUGUGACAAAAACUUUUCGGAUUCUUUUGGAAAAGAGCUGCUAACGGUAGCAAAGUCUCCUAACUUUACCAAAAACUGUUGGCGGAAAUUAUUAGUAGACGAACUAGCGGAAAAGCUAUGCUGGACAGGAACAGAGGAUAAAAAGAGUGUUCGGAGCCUGAGUACAUCAAAAAUCAUAAGAAAUGCUGCCAUUUCUAUUGGAUUGGGCGAGGAUGAGUACAUAAAAUGUACAAAAUCAUUUUUCCAAUUUGCCAAACAUAGGCAAAUAUGCAGAAUUAAAUAUAAGGAAAAGCCAAAAACCUCCGAACAUGGAAUACAUUGGGAAGAUCUAGAAUUAAAUGAUGCCAUUUCAACACAAUCGUCAUCUACUUUUAAUGACGAUAUUAACGAUGAUAGCCAAAAUGUUUCAUAUGAUAAAACUGGACUAACUGAAACAAUUAUAAAGUAUUAUAAAAAUUAUCCAGUAUUAUGGCAGACAAAUCGAAAUCAACAAACAAAUAUUAGAAAAUGCCAGGAAGCCUUAAAGGAAAUAACAAAAUUAGUAAAUAAAGAAAUGCAUUUACAUUUAAAAUAUAUUCAAAUAAAAGGAAAGGUUAACAAGUUAAGAAGCCAAUUUCGUAAGGAACAUGAACAAUUUAUAGAAGUUUCUGAAGAAAUCAAUAAAAACUGUAAUGAAAGUGACAUGGAUUGUGAAGACUUUUCGGCCAAUCCUACUAGUAAAUCAUGGCUAUAUGAAAAGAUGAGUUUUCUUAAAGACUACAUAAAUGAUGGAAGGAAACGAAAUAAGAAAUUUUCCACAUCAACGGAUUUAAAUGUUCAUACACGUCAUCACACAGGCGAAAAGCCAUAUUUUUGUGAUAUUUGUGGACAAUCAUUUCGUACAUGGUCUUAUUUUGAUUCUCAUCGAAGGCGCCACGAAAAGAAUCCGAAGCAUAAAUGUUCGUUUUGUUCGAAGGGGUUUUAUGAACGGAAUAAAUUAAAUCAACAUAUGAAAUCGCACAUGAAUAUACGUGAUAAGAUAUGCGAUGAUUGUGGCAAAUCUUUUACCUGUUCGAAAUAUUUGAAACAGCAUCAAUUAACUCAUGCGGAAAAGAAAAAAUAUUCUUGCAAAAUUUGUGAUAAGGAAUAUUCCCAACGUGGACGUUUAAGUAAUCACAUCAAAUCACAUGAUACAAUAUCGAAUGAAUCGAUUUUUGAUGAUAUUUGUUAAUAAUUUUAAUAUUUGUAAAAUGUGUUAUUUUGGUUAAUAUAUUAUUGGGAUAAAGAUAAUUGUGGCUUUAAAUAUCAUAAUGUAAACUAUAGAUCGGUCGAUAUUAUUUUGGUAAAAA